AUGGCUCGCUACAUGCGCCCGCCGAACUCGUCCUUGUUCGUUAGGAACAUAUCUGACGAAUCCAGGCCUGAGGAUUUACGGCGUGAGUUUGGCCGCUAUGGGCCAGUAGUAGAUGUCUACAUCCCGCUUGACUUCUAUACGCGUCAACCAAGAGGAUUUGCAUACAUUCAAUAUCCUUUCCCAAAUAUCAUGUUUGAGGAUGUACGCGAUGCCGAGGACGCCCUUCACAGCUUGGACAGGAAGUUUGUGUGCGGCCGGCAGAUCGAAAUCCAGUUCGCCCAGGGAGACCGAAAAACACCCAAUCAGAUGAAAACGAAGGAGCGCCGCUCUCCAUCACGCUCGUCCCGCUACGACGACUACGACCGCCGCAGACGCUCACGCAGCCGCAGCUACGACCGCCGCCGUUCACGUAGCCCCUCCUACGACCGCCGCCGUAGACGUUCUGAGAGCCCAAGAGAACCUCGCGGACGCCAGCAAGGACGAGGAAGCAGAGGCCGUGACGAAGAGAGACCACGUCAGAGGCCCCGAAGGGAGUCCCGAGGACGGUCCCGCUCCAGAUCCGCAUCGCCACCCAAACCAGCGUCUACUUCCCACUACGCCGAGGAAGACGCGCGGCAAGAACGUUCCCCGUCGCGCUCCCAGUCCCGCUCCGUGUCCAGGUCUCGCUCGCGCUCCUGGACGGGCCGGAAGUCCGGAGGACGCUAA